AUGUUUAAAGUGUUCGGUUUCGGUGCAAAGGAGGAGGUUCCUGAGCUUUCACAGGAAGAAAAAACCAAAGCUAUUUUGAAACAAGCUCAUGAUUUUGAGCAAGCAUUACGUGCAAUGGAUUACGUCUUGGACGAUAACGCUGAUGAGGGAUUGGCUUUAUUAGAUGAGAGUGAUGCUAAAGAAGCUUCAGAUCAAACCAUUAAUGCGUUGGCUCGUGGUGUCAUUGAGUUUUUGGAGGCAACUUUAGGUUUCGAAGCUGAAGAAAUGAAAAAGGCUUCUGCUACUUUGGCCAAGGCAGAAACUUUGUCCUUGAAAAGUAGAGAGAAGGCGCAGAAGGUUGGAUUGAAGAGUAGUUCUCUAUAUCCUCCUGGGACGGUUUAUGCAGUGACUUAUACGGAAUCAUGCCUUUUGCAUGCACUUUUGAUGAUCUUCAGUGAAAGUAUGAUGGAAGCAGCCAAGGCGAUCUUAAAGCUCAGAAAAUCGUACUACAUGUUACAAGAAAUUUUGGAAACUAUCAAAGCUGCCAAUAAGGAAAAGAAACAAAAACUGUCUUCUGGUGAUGAUAAAGAAUCCACGCCAGCUACAUUUAUAAGUGGCGGUGAUGCGUUCAAUUCUGUUGAUAUACCUUACAAACUGACCCCUGAAGAACAAAAGGAUAAAGAUCUUUUACAGUUUGCUGAACAAAUACAUAGUAUGAGGACCGAAAGAUUGUCUGGUGCCCACAUCGGUAACUCUCCGGCAAUUAAUAGAUUGAGAAGUGAGCUGGGAUUGCAAGCAAUGGAAGAUUUGCCAAAGAAGGAAAUAACUGAUCAUCAAGUUCUUUCGAGUGAAAUAGAUUUAAGUCAAGCCACAAUUGAUGAAUUCGUCCAUUCUGGUGUCAAUUUAUGUUUUGGUAUUCUACAAGUCGUUAUAUCAUUGUUGCCACCCGCUAUUGGUGCAGUUCUUUCUGUAGUGGGCUUCAGAGGAUCCAGAGAAGAAGGCCUGAGACUCGUUUGGAGAUCCACCAAGCAAAGAAACGUCCAUGGCUGUAUUGGUUUGUUAGCUUUGAUGUUUUACUACGAUGGGCCUUUUCAGUUCACUGACGAUGAUUUUGAUAUUCCUGCAGCAGUUAAGGAUUCUGGCAACAGUGAUGAUUCAGAUGAUGAAGAUAUGGACGGUCCUACGCUGUUGCAUCCUGGAAAGAUACUGGAAGAUGCAUUGCUGCAAUCAAGAGCGCUAUUCCCCAAUAGUGCAUUAUGGCUUUUGAACGAGGCAAGGAUGCUUUCUGGUAAGGGACGGUUAGAGGAAGCGGUUGCGUUGAUGGAUUCAAUUGACGUCUCCCAAAUACGGAUGAGGCAAGUCAAGUCCUUGAUGAUUUUCGAUCGUGCCAUCACAUUGAUCCAUUUGCACCAAUACGACAGAGCCGCAGAAGAUAUUUUAUCACUAUUAGAAAUCAGCGAUUGGUCACAUGCAUUUUAUACAUAUUUUGCCGGCUGUUGCUAUCUAGAAAAUUGGAGAAUGUGCGAAAUGGGGGCAUUAAAGUCAGACAAGAAGGAUGAAUAUCAAAGGAAGGCCGAAGAACUUAUUUUCACAUCAGUGGAUUUGAUAGGUAAGAAGACUUUCAAAUCAAAGAAUUUGCCAUUAGAUAGGUUUAUACUGAGAAAAGUUGAGCAAUUCAAAGCGAAGAAGGAGGAACUUGGAGUGGAAAAUCCACUGGAUGCUAUCGCUACUUCGCCAGUUCACGAAAUCGCAUAUUUCUAUAAUGGUUACAAUAGAAUGUCUGAAGAGCAUUUGGAGUUAGCGAAGAAAAUGCUAACGGAGUAUAGAAACCCUGCUAUUGAAGCACUAGAUUCCGAUCAAGAGUUAAUCAAGGAUCUUUUAGUUUCUUUGACAUUAAGAAGAUUGGGUUAUAUCCAAGAAGGAUGUGAUUUAUUGGAUGAAAAGGUAUUACCUAAGUUCUUCUCUACGCAGAAUGGCAAGGUGAAGUAUAUAAAGAAGACUGAAGAUCCGUGGGCUUAUCCAACUGCACUUUAUGAACGUGCUCUAUUCGCGUGGAAAAUAAGAGGUAUGGAUGGUCUUUCAGAGAGUAAAGAAUGGUUGUUGAGAGCUCAAGGCUAUGCAGAUGACUAUGAGUUGAGUACUCGUGUAGGCAUGAAAAUCAAAGCAGCAAUUGACCGGGUUGAUCACUCGUUAUAA